AAAAAACUUCGAUGUAUUGACCUAUUGCCAUAUUUAUCAGGCACGUGAGGCCAGAGGUGCCGCCAGCUGUUCGGGUGACAGCUCUGCUUUAUGAGUGAGAGCAAAUCUGACAACGCUUCACUCCUCAAACUCCAUGGGCUUAUCACGCCAAGUGCUCUAAGUGGAAAUAAACAUAAUCAAGGACAGGAGUAUUUUUUUUGUUCAGCUCGGUAAGUUGGAAUGAAGACCCAAAUAGAUUUAGUUGCUGUUUUUUUAAAGGAAAAAAGAGGCCACAGCAGCUCCAGCUGUGGCUUUUUUUCCUGCUCCUGUGGGUCGUUUAUGUCUCUACAUUAUUGAUUCCCUGAGGCUGCUGCUGCUGUUGCUGCUGGCCAAUGGGCUCCUUAGACCGUUUUUUCAAAAGGAAAGGAGCAGAUGAAGGGAUGAGAUUCGUGUAACUUUUGGAUGACCCCUUCCUGACAAAGACAGUGUCCAUCAAUUGUCCUCCGUCAUUAUUCCCUGCUUUUAUGCCAAAGGGCUUUUGUAUCUUUUGUUGGAUUCUCUGUUGAACACUGAGCCUUCAAGUCAAACCACAGAAACUUCUGUAUGUUCAAAAAAGUCUGAUAAAACAGUAGCUGUUACAAUAAAAAAAAAAAUUCUAUCUAUUUACAGACUUCAGACUUCCUGAAUAAUUAUCCUGUUAAAUAUUCUGAAAAUUUUGUCAUCGUCUCACUUUUCAUUUUCCAAAUGUGGAUACUUUCCCUAAUUGAUACAUUUGUUUUAAACAUAAACUUGGAGUGUCUUUAUUUAGUGGAAAUGCAUGUAGUUGUAUGUUUACUCGUGUUUGAACCAGCAUCUCCUCUAUUGGCCAACCUGGUCACAUGGUUCGCUAACUUUAUUCAGUUGACACCAAGUAGGAGGGCUCUAUGGAGGGAGGAAAAAAAGACAACUCGAGAAAAAUUAGUAUUUUCUACCUUCAGAAAUUAAUGGCCAUGAGUUCGUAUAUGGUGAACUCUAAGUAUGUGGACCCCAAAUUUCCUCCCUGCGAGGAAUAUUCGCAAAAUAACUACAUACCUGAGCAAGGCUCGGACUACUACAGUCCAUCGCAGGACACAGACUUUCAGCAUCCAGGAAUCUACCCACGGUCAAACUACACGGAGCAGCCCUUCAGCUGCACCACUGUGCCGGACUCCACGGUGCAGCCACGCGGACACGGCCACGAGAGGUCCGGCCACCCGAGCCCCUUCAGCGCACAGCCGGAGCCGGGCACCCCGGUCCAAGGGGCCGGAGCCCGGACUUGUGGACCACAGCAAAACACAAAGAGCCAAAAUGGGAUACAAGCCAAGCAGCCUGCAGUAGUUUACCCCUGGAUGAAGAAAGUUCACGUAACUACCGUGAACCCGGACUACACAGGAUCAGAGCCCAAACGGUCCAGGACAGCUUACACCCGCCAGCAGGUUCUGGAGCUUGAGAAGGAGUUUCAUUUUAACAGGUCACCUAAAAAGCUUAUGGCUGCGAGAUAUUUGGCCGGGGCCUUUGUGGAAAAGUGCACAUGUCAAGAUGGAAGCAAUGAUGAAUGCGUGAGGGAUAUAAAAGAGAUCUGCGCAGAUUUCGCUCACAGACUGGAGCCACGGUGGGAAACACCAAUCACGUGA